AUGGCUCCACACCAAGGUCCUCACUCGCAUGGUCACAGUCACCACGACCAUGACCACAGUCAUGGACUAGAAGGCCAUGUUCAUAACUCUCUAGAGCCAUUGGAUGCAUGUGCCUCGGAAAUUUCUGGAAAUUAUGAUUUAAAAAUGCAUAUUGCCUCAAUUUUUAUUAUCAUGCUUGCAUCCUUUAUUGGUACCCUGCUUCCAAUACUGGGGAAACGCUUUAUUCGUUCGGAUACUGGAAAGACAGUAAUUACCUUUUUCAAACUGUUUGGCGCUGGUGUGAUUCUUUCAACUGCUUUGGUCCACAUGUUCUUGUCAUCUGUCCAUACUUUAGUCCAUCCCUGUCUACCAUCAAGCUUUACCGAUUUUACAGGGUUCGCCGCGGUAUUUGCAAUGGUUGGCAUUUUUCUUACUCACCUGGUUCAAGUCUUUGCCAGUCAUGCUAUUCGUAAGCAUCAAAAAGGGGCUUCUCAUUCUCUUGACAAAUCUGAAAUAAUAGAAAACGAAGCAUCUACUAUGGUAAAUGAUGAAAUGAUCCAUCACGAAGGUCAUACUCAUGGAGGUGCUCUGAUGUAUGGUGGCGAAAAGCAGCUUGUGGUUUAUCUCCUUGAGCUUGGUAUUGCGUCGCACUCUAUUAUCAUUGGACUUACGCUUGGAGUCGCUACCGAUGAAUUCACCACUCUUUUAAUUGCCUUGUGUUUCCACCAGUUUUUUGAGGGUGUUGCUUUGUCUGCGAUUGUUACAGAGGCCAACUUUAAACGAUGGGCCAUGACCAUAUACAUGGCUGUAUUUUAUACAUUUGCAACACCGAUUGGCAUUGCUCUUGGUGUCGGUCUUUAUCAAUCCUAUAACGCCAAUGCCACACAAACUCUACUUUCAACUGGAAUCCUGGAUGCAUUGAGUGCUGGUAUCUUGAUCUAUGAUGUUUUAGUAAAUAUCAUUUACCCUCACUUCAACGCCAAUAGCUUUCAUGCCGGGUCUGCUUUCUUUAAGAUGGGUCAACUGGUUGCCUUAUAUUUGGGUGCAGCAGCAAUGAGCGUGAUUGGAUUAUGGGCAUAA